UCAUUGCUAGCACACAGGGCCACCUCUAUCUGGGGACGCGGGGAGAAUGCCUGGAGUUUCAAUUUACUAUUGUACGGGAAGUGCCUAAGCAAGUUAUUCUAAAGGCGAUAUUUUGCUGAUGCGGAUCUCUAGAUUGGCCACAGUUGGGCGGUUAGUUUUCUGCUGGAUAUCUGUAUUUCCAUUAGUGGGAGCGUCUACUGCCAGAGGCCAUAGCCUCAUAACAAAAGGACGUGCCUUUAGAAGGGAGAUGAGAAGGAAUUCCUUUAGUCAGAGGGUGAUGAAUCUGUUGAAUUCAUUGCCACAGACAAGUCAAUUGAUAUUUUCUUGAGGUGGAGCAGUUCUUGAUUAGCACGGGUGUCAGGGGUUAUGGGUUGUGUGGAGAAGGCAGGAGAAUGGGGUUGAGAGGGAAGGAUAGAUCAGCCAUGAUUCAAUGGCGGGGUAGUCUUGUUGGACCGAAUGGCCUAAUUUUGUUUCUACAACGUAUGAACAUGAAAUUCCAGCAUCCUACGGGAACCUACGCGGGCGGAGGGGGAACGUGCAAACUCCACAAGGACAGCACCAAAGUUCAGGGUCGAACAUGGGUCUUUGGUGCUACUCUAUCAGCUGUGCCGUCCAUGCGUUAUUAGGUAAAUCCGUGUUAUUGCUAUAGAUUAAUUACCAAUUAACAUUUCCACGUGGGUCCUACAGAUAGCCAUCUUCAUCUGCUGACGCGAGAAAUUUAGUAUCAUUCCUACUGGCCCCAAUUAAAUGAGUCUCUCACAAUAAUUGCAUCCGCUGUAUGAUUGGAUGGAGAAACGUGGAAAUCCGUGCUGUUCAAUUGACUCAAUUGGCAUGUUAUGGCCAGCUAGUUGACGGCCUUGUAUUAAAAACUCGUGAUUAGGAGACAGAAGGGCACGUUUGUGUUUUGCGUCAAGGUGGUCUUUGAGAUGAAGGGUCUGAGUUUAUUGCUGUUGGUGCUACUUGGGGUAGUUGGUGCUGCGGAUGUGUGGCGUCAAUUUGAAGGGCAGCCCUUUCCAUGGAGGAAGGUGAAAUCUACAGUUGGAUCUGUUUUGGCAUCGGCUGCGGUGUUGCAGGUGGCGUCUAGUGUGUCUCCUUUACGUACAGUUGUGGCGCAGUGUGGAGAGCGCAAUCUGCUGGUCUUGGUGCGUAUGGACUUGUUUGGAACAAAGCACCUGGUUAACGUUGCGGACCUAACACUGGGACCGGGAGGUUGCCGGCCAACAGACGACUCCCCUCAAAACCAGACCGCUUUGUUUAAUUAUGGACUACACGAGUGCGGGACUAAACUACAGAUGGUUGGAGAUUUUCUCGUCUACGCCACCUACCUGAACUACACCCCGAAGUCUCAUGGAGCAACCAUUGUACGAACCAAUGGAGCAGUUGUCCCCAUUCAGUGCCAUUAUUUCAGGAAAGGUAACGUGAGCAGUGACCCCAUCAAACCCACCUGGAUCCCGUUCAGCUCCACCAAGUCUGCAGAGGGGCAUCUGUCAUUCUUCCUGCGUCUAAUGAAUGAUGACUGGCUAACAGAGCGCACCUCAGCCACCUACUACCUCGGUGAGCUCAUCCACAUCGAAGCUUCAGUUUCAAUGACUAACCACAUGCCCCUGAAGCUCUACAUUGACCGCUGUGUGGCCACGUUGAGCCCGGACAAGGACUCCAUCCCGAGUUACAACAUCAUAGACUACAAUGGUUGCCUCUUAGACAGCGCUGCCGACGAUUCCUUUUCAACCUUCACCUUGCCAGGAGCUGAACGUGAGCCGGACAAGCUCAGGUUUGACCUGGAUGCCUUCCGCUUCUUUGGCGAUGACCGCUCCUUGAUUUUCAUCACUUGUCUGUUGAAAGUCACCACGGUGGAACGCAGCGAUUCCCGGAGCAAAGCCUGCACUUUCCAGAAGAUGCAUUCCAUCUGGACCUCGCUGGAAGAAUCUAGCGACGAUGUCUGCGCCUGUUGUCAGAAGGGCAACUGUACCGUUGCAACGCAGGAUCUGGUUGCUCCCAGAUUACGGAGAGACGUUCAGGCGUUAAAGGAGAAUGAUACUGGACUGAUGUGGGAAGGUGUCGCUAUGCUGGGACCGCUGGUCAUUCUCGAUACCCAAGUGUCCUCCAUAACUCUCCCAUUGAAUGAGUUUGAGCAGCGUGGGCCGAAGACCUCUAGAUUGGGUGGAUUACCUGAAACCAUCCUCACUGUAACGCUAUCUCUGACAGCUGUCCUUCUGGCCUCUGCUACUCUGACUGUCAUGUUCCUGUACAGAAGAAGCAAGCAAACUCUGUUCAAAUAGAUUUCGAUUAUACAAUAAAGUAAAAUAACUGCAUUCCUUGUAUUUUGUUUCAUUGGGAAGAUCUUAUUUUGGGGGUGAUCCAACGGUGGAGACGUGGGUUCGAUCCUGACCACGUGUGCUGUCUGUACGGGUUUUGUACCUUCUCCCCGUGACCUGCGUGGGUUUUCGAAGAAAACAUCUUUGGUUUCCUCUCACAAAUCGCACAUGUUUGUAGGUUAAUUGGUUUGGUAUAAAUGUGAAAUUGUCCCUAGUGUGCAGAGGGCAAUGUGCAGGGGUCAAGUCCAGUCAAGUUUGUUUGUCACAUACACAUACGAGAUGUGCAGUGAAAUGAAAGUGGCAAUGCUCGCGGACUUUUGUGCAAAAGACAAACAACAAAACAACCAAACAAAUUAUAAACACAAUCAUAACACACAUAUUCUUUUACAUAAUAAAUAAUAGAAGGAAAAACGUUCUGUAGAGUUAGUCCCUGGUGAGAAAGGCGUUUACAGUCCGAAUUGCCUCUGGGAAGAAACUCCUUCUCAACCUCUCCGUUCUCACUGCAUGGCAACGGAGGCGUUUGCCUGACCGUUAGCGGCUGGAACCUAUCGCUGGUAGGUGCGGGUUCAGUAAGCCGAAGGGCCUAUUUCCACCUGUAUCUCUAACCUAGACUAUAGCAGUACACCUGUCCGGUCAGUUCCAUCAGGUGUGCCAACUCCACUAUAACGAUAGAAACAUGGUGUGGGGUGAUUCUCGAGCAUUAAAAGGCCUUUCUCUUUGGUAAAGUUGGAAUUGCUGUGCGAGUCGCUUGUACAUGUUUACCUGUUCUGUGCUGCAGAAAGUAAAUGUGUAGGAUCAUUUGUAGGAUGUACAAAGUUGAAUAAAUUUUGGAGUGAUAUAUUUGAUAUAUUUACAAAGAUUUUCAAGUCAAGAAUAGAACCCAAAACGGAAUGGAUUAUAUUUGGAAUAAUAGGAGAAGAUACCAAUUUAAAUAAAGAUCAAAAUGUUUUUUUUAAUUAUGGGUUAAUAAUUAAAUUAAUACUUAUAUUUUGGAAAAAUACAACCACACCAACUGUUAAAAUGUGGAUUAGGAAUAUGAUGGACAUAGCACGCCUUGAAGAAAUGAGACUCCGACUAAUAGAUAAAUAUGACCAAUUCUUAAGGAGUUGGUCUCCUUUCAUCGACAUUUUGGAAUCAUGUGAUGCAGCGGUACCGUAAGGAUUGCUGAUUUCAGUUCAUGACGCGGAUAGAUCUACAUCUCCGAAUACAGAUUUGAAAAAUUCUCUUUUAAGGGGCCUUCUCUUCUAUUUCUACUUUCCACUUUCUCUCUUCCUUUUUUAAUUUUUUGUAUACACACUUCACGUUUUUCUACUCUCCACCAUCUAUUUUUCCACUUUUUCCCCUUUCUAUUGUUUUCUUUUUCUUGUCCUGCUUACUUCCUUCUUAUAACAUAAAACUAGAGGUUGUACAUAGAAUGGAUUACGGUAUUACAUAGUUGGCACCUAAAAUUAGGUUCCACUGUACUGUUUUGUGCUGUAUUAACUUCUAAUAAAAUAAACAAAAAAAAAAAAAA